AUUGAUCAGGAAGAACUCUUCACCAGUAUCUCAGAGAUGUUUUCUGCUCUGGAUCCUGAUGUAGUUUAUUUGAUGCUUUCUGAAUGUGAUUUUAAAGGAUCUUCUGUACAGCUUCUUUGUAAAUAUUGAUGUAAUGAACAGUUUGAAUAGUAGCAUUGACGGCACUGAAGCAUGCACUCUGCCGUUUAACUUAACCCAGUGAAGCGGCUGCCAGUGCUCUUAAACACUUCUCUUUGUAACGAGCUGCCUCUCUCUUUGGGUGCUUUCCUAGUGUUCCAGUGAGUUGUAGUCUAAUGUAUUUAUUUCUGUCUAAGUCUCUCAUGAGUACAGAGAGAGAACAUUUCAGUGAAAGUUGCCAUUUCUGGCUUUCUUCUUAGUCCCAAAGUUUUACUCUGUGCAGCUAGCUCAGGUUAAGGAUGGUUUUCUCGCCUAGAAAAUAAACUGCAAUACCCACCAGGGAGGUGUGCCAGUUUGUGAUACCCACAGCCUCUCAGCAUUGUGAAUGAUUGUUUUAAGAUUGUAAAAGGAAUAAAUUGUGCCUUUUCUUUUUAAAAUAGAGAAUAAUGUUGAACAUGUUUAUAUUUGAGUUUUUCUUAUAUUUUAUAAAAUAAUCAUUUGGUUUUUAAGGUCGGUUUUAGGUCAUAGUUUUAAUUUUUUCCCACACUCUGUUUAAGACUUCCUUUGAGUGACACUUACCUUUGUAUUUUGGCUUUUUACUUAGACUGCUUUUCAUUAUAUAUAUGCUAGUUCUUUAGUUGAGCACUUCCGGUUUUUCUGCUUCGUAGGUUUUUUCCCCCUUCUGUUUGCAUUUUUCCCUUUACCUUGUUUCAGUGUUCAGAGCUUCCUGCCUCUGCCGUUCUGCUCUGCUUUCCUGACUGACCUCUGCCAGGCUUGCCUCUCCAACUCCUCUUUAUUUUUCUCUUAAGGGAACGUUAACUGGGUCUUACUAGGUGCCAGUCCUUGUGCACGGCACUUGUCAUGGAUUAUCUCAUUUACCCCACAACAACCUCUGAGGUAGGUACGUUUAGUGUCCCCAUAUUUCGAACAAGAAGAUCUGCUUAGGGAAGUUAGCACACUUGUUUGAAUCAUGUCAGGCAGGUAGAUACUGAGAUGGUGUUUUGACUCCAGAACAGAGCUAUGUCCUACAGUGCUGUGCUUUUUCCAUGUUUAUCUUCCUUAAGAUAAAAACAGUAUAAAACAGAAACAAAACAAAAAAAGGCGUCAAAGUUUCAAAUGUUUAAAAAUUACUUCCUUUACUUGUGGGGCCCUGAGCAUGCUGGCCCAGGAACCAUGCCACCGAGUAGCAUCCUAGCCGUUCCAUGCUGGAAGACCUGAUGGCUCUGUUUGUGUUGCAGCCAGAGUGCAGCACUGGAGUCAGACACACCGGCCCUCUUACUGUGUGACUUGGGUCCAGUUCCUAUACUUUUUUGAGCUUCAUUUUCUUUUAUGUUUUCUAGGAUGAUCGAUCUCAUGGUAUUACUUGAGGAUUCAGUGAGGUUGUCUGUGUAGUGCUCCAGGCCCAAAUGCUGUGGCUGUCAGUCUUCCUUCACACUUCUUUAGAAAGCCAGUGUGACAUAUUGGACCCUCUGAGUUUCACCCAGUCUCCUCUAGUGGUUUCUUCCUAUUCAUCACACAGAACCCUAUGAGCUGACUCUCCAACCAACUUCUCUGAAUACUUUUUUUUAAAAAAAGAUUUAUUUAUUUAUUUAUUUAUUUAUUUAUUUAUUUAUUUAUUUAUUUAUUUAUUUAUUAUAUACAAGUACACUCUAGCUGUCUUCAGACACACCAGAAGAGGACAUCAGAUCCUAUUACAGAUGGUUGUGAGCCACCAUGUGGUUGCUGGGAAUUGAACUCAGGACCACUGGAAGAGCAGUCAGUGCUCUUAACCAAUGAGCCAUCUCUCCAGCCCCCUUCUCUGAAUACUUUAAACAGGUUUCACAUUUCCCUUUCCCUUUCCCUUUCCCUGUCUUUUUUCUUUUCAGACAGGGUCUCACUGUGUAGCUCUGGCUGUCCUGGAUUUCACUGUGUAGACCAGGCUGGCUUUGAACUCACUGAGAUCCACCUGCUUCUGUCUCCCAUGUGCUGGAAUUAAAGGCAGUUUUGUAUUUUCAAGCUUGGCUUUAUUUUUUGUCCUGUUUGGCAACUUGAUUUUUAAUCUUUUAAGUGCCAGAUCAUAUGUUGCUUUAUGUGGAGUCUUUUCUUAUUCUCCUUCCCAUCACUGCAGCAUUCACACAUUAUAAAAAGUAUACACUGUUUAAUUUAUAUCAUGAUGGAAUUAUAUUUUAAUGUACAUGCCUUUAUAUUUGAUUUAAACUUUACAAAAUCCUAUAAAGUAUUUCUGAUGCAUAUAUUUUUCAUACUGUGAAAUACGUGGUGUGAACUGUGUAAAUGAACAUGUUUAAUACAAGAAUACCUACUUAAAAUACUUAAUCCUUAAAAGGACAUCCAAUAGAUAAAUAAUUGUGGAAUGUAUCAACUGACUUUAGGCUCUUUAUACAUGGCCCUAACAUCAUUCAGUCUAUGUGCAUAUUCAUUAAGCUGUUAAAUCUGUUCUUGACAGUAGUUUGGUACAAUUUAAAAGAACACAGUUCCACGGCUCUAUCAUUAAUACUUCUCUAAUGUAGAAUUUGAUGUAUUAGAGCAGUGUUAAUUUUUAAACGAUGGCUUGGAUGCUGAUACAUUCCAUUGUGUGUAUUUUGUUGUUGUUCCUGUUACUGUUCUCGUGCAGUUGAAAGCGCCAUGGAUUGUCUGUUAGAAUUAUCUGCCGCCAAUGCCAAGAUGGAGGCAUCGCCUUCACAAACUUCCGCUGCUCGUGAGCGUAGGCUACGUGCAUCAGGAGGCACAGUAACGGGGACGCGCCGUCCCGAAGACGAGACUGAAGAUUCAAAACUGGAUUCAUUUUUGGAUAUGCAGCUAACUGAAGACUUGGAUUCCUUAAUACAGAAUGCUUUUGAGAAAUUGAACUCUCCUCCUGAUGACCAAGUAUACCCAUUCUCCCCUCUGCAAGAUGCUAAUAGUUUUAAUGACCCUUCCACCUUUGUGAAUUCAGAUUCAAGUGGUAUGACUUCUCUUCCUUCUGUACAAAACACGGGCUCAAACAGUGAAAUUGUCAAGAGUUCUGCUGCUUUACUAGGCUCAAACCCACUGACUUCACACUCAGUUUUGAAUGAGCCUGAAAGUUGUGCACAGAGUAGUACGUUGGCAUUGGAAGAGGGCUACCUAGAAGACUCUCCUCUUGGUAGCUCUUCAAAUCCAGCAAAUGACUCUGUUAUGGGUUGUGGCAAUUUUAGCCAAAGACAGAAAGAUCAUUUAGAAUCUGAGUGUCCUAGUGUGCAGCAUUCUCAAGCCCUUGUAAGUGUGGGCAACAGUGAACCUCAGGUUCCUUCAAAUCGCUCUCUGCACAAUUCAGGGUCUGAUUUACCAAGUACAGAUGGGGAUCAGAAGUCUACUUCUGCGCCAGAUGUUUUUGUGCCCUCUGAAGGGUUCAGUUUCAAGCCACACAAGCAUCCUGAACUGCCACCAAAGGGGAAGGAUAUGAAUUACUGCCCGGUGCUCACCCCCCUCCCGUUACUCCUUCCGCCCCCACCCCCGCCACCAAUCUGGAACCCGAUGAUCCCUGCUUUUGAUCUCUUUCAAGGAAACCAUGGCUUUGUAGCCCCUGUUGUUACCACUGCAGCACAUUGGAGACCUGUCAACUACACGUUCCCACCCCCCAUCAUCUCUCACACCUCCCCAACCAAAGUGUGGAGAGGCAGUGAGGGAGCAAGUGCUUACCAGGUGCAGGAGGCCCCAGUGUCACAGCCUGCGAGGAAGAAGACCACGUCCUAUGUAGGCUUAGUUCUCGUCCUUCUCAGAGGGCUGCCGGGCUCAGGGAAAUCCUUUCUGGCAAGGACUUUGCAAGAGGAUAACCCAGGGGGUGUCAUUCUCAGCACAGAUGAUUACUUUUAUAUAAACGGACAGUACCAGUUUGAUGUAAAGUACUUAGGGGAAGCCCACGAGUGGAACCAGAACCGAGCAAAAGAAGCCUUUGAGAAGAAGGUCUCUCCAGUGAUCAUAGAUAACACAAACCUCCAAGCGUGGGAAAUGAAGCCAUAUGUUGCUUUGUCUCAAAAGCAUAAAUAUAAAGUCCUUUUCCGGGAACCGGACACAUGGUGGAAGUUCAAACCGAAGGAGCUUGCAAGACGCAAUAUUCAUGGAGUAAGCAAAGAGAAAAUAUCAAGAAUGCUGGAGCACUAUCAGCGUUUUGUUUCUGUGCCAAUAAUUAUGAGUUCUUCAGAUCCAGAGAAAACCGAGCGGAUUGAGUUGUGUGCAUAUGCUUGUGAGGACAGAAAUUCUAGCCCAAGAGACAGUGAAGCUGUUACCUCUACAAAAGAAGAAAAUGUCUCAUCUGCAUCUCCAAAGCACUUGGACUUAACGGAAGAGAAAACACUUGAAGUAGCCACACAAGCAGUGUUACCUUCGAGUGAACCCCCGUUACCUCCUACCAGUUUAAACAGAGGAAGAAAGGAGCUGGGUGACGGGAGUCACAGUGUUCAUGGCCACUUCAUUCAGGAAGACCCAAGCACCUAUUUCCCUAAUGCUGAAGGCAGCGUUCAAGCCCCAGAUAGAAGUGAGAAAGAACAAGAGGUGGUGUCUGCAAAGGAGCGUUCUGAAGCCGAUGCAUGGAGUCCUGCAGAGGGCGCAUCCUCAAAUGGUCACUGUGUUGAAGGUGAUCAAGAAGCCAGUGAGUUUGCAAGUGCAGCUACCCUUCCAAGGGAAAACCCUUCACCUCCUGAAAUACUGGAAGAAAGAACAGCAGGAAAGAAAAAGACCAUUGGGAAACAAAAAAGCAAAUCCUCUUUGGAGAAACCCAAACCUGAGCUAUCCAAUUUUGUUGGUGACUGGCCAGUCGAUAAGACAAUUAGCCAGAGAACCAAAAGGAACCGGAAAACUGAAAAAGGAUCAUCUGUACAAAAUGACAAAAAAUGUAAUCGCCCACAGUCCCACAAAGUAUUAGAUACUCGGGUCUCUGUGAAUACAGAUCCUAUCCAGCCCCAAGGAUCUCCACACGGAAAUGAUGAUCCUUCAGAAGUACCCAGUAACUAUCACUAUGAUCCUUACAAAAGUACUGAGCAAACCUCAUUCAGCACUGUGAGCGACUGGCCCUCAUCUGCUUCGUUAGCUCAGAGAGAGCACAGAUCGAGAAUGCCAAAAGCUGGCUUAAGUGAACCCAACGUAGAAUUUGGAACCAAUGACAAGUUGGGUGAAAUACCCUUAUAUCCAGCACAUGAGGCCUACUGGGGGACUAGCCCUGAAGAACUGAAGACCCUGAGUUCCAACCUUCGAAGUUCUGAAGUGCUGCCCAGUAAGACAGCUCAUGAGCAUCAUCAGACUCCACUGAGUCAAAUGGUUCCUGGCCAGCACACACUGCCCCUUCCCUUUCCCAGCAGUGCCGCAACUCUUCCUGGAGUGGUGGGGCCCCGAGCUCUAACAGAAUUCCCCGUGGGGGUGUCUGGAAUUGUCUCUGGAGUAGAUACAGGCACUUGUACCCAGACUGAGCCCCAAGAUUUUGCUCUCUUGUGGAAAAUAGAAAAAAAUAAAAUCAGUGUUUCAGAUUCUGUCAGAGUGUUGACAGGAAGAGUAGAUGGGUUUAAGCCAAAAGACUUCACUCUUAAUAGAAAAUUGAAUGUUCAGGAAACUAUUCCUUAUAGAGUAAUGCAUGAUAAAAGUACAUUCGUUGAAGAAAGUGAGCUUACCAAUGCUGAUGAAUCUGAAAAUCUUAACAUCCUUUGCAAGCUGUUCGGGUCCUUUUCCUUAGAAGCCCUGAAAGAUUUAUAUGAGAGAUGUAAUAAAGAUAUUAUUUGGGCCACAAGCCUCUUGCUGGAUUCCGAGACUAAAUUGUGUGAGGACGCUGAGGUUGUGAAUCCCCCCGAAUCAUACAGUGAGUCACAAGUUGGACCAUUUUCAAUGGGGUUGGAUUUGAAGGAAAUUAUUAGCCACAGAGGAACUUCAGAAGGUUCCAAUUCUUGUGUAUCAGAAUUUAGUCCUGGAAUUGGUAUCAGGAACACCAGUGCACAGUCUGACGGUGACCCAGAAAAGGGGAACUCCGAGCAGGAAGGGAUAAGAGCUAUAAACCCUGAAAACCCUGAAUCAGUAGCCAGAAUAUUCCCUAAUGCCACUGUAAAUGUAAAGAGUAGUAAUGGGAUGGCGCCUGACUUGUCAGGUGCGUACACCUUUAAGCAGCCCCUUUCACUUACUCCACGGUCUUAUGUCCCUAAGGAUGUUAGUGAAAUAGAAAAAAGUCUAGUGACAGAGACUAGAGACAAUAUUCAUUCUUUUCUAAAUUUAUCUGAUAUUAUUAACUCGGCAACGAGUACUUCAAAUCCCGAAUUAAAUGAAGAUGUUUAUCUUACUGGCUCUUUGGAAGUAAAGAAAAAUGAAAAUCUUCCUAAGGAUUAUGUGAAAUUUGCAAACAUGGAAGAAUUUAUUAAUGAAGAUAAACAGGAAAUGGAGAAAAGUCUAAUGCCAGGAACUGGGUGGUCAGCAGGAGUUAGUGAAGAGAGUAAACCUGAGGUAUCAACUCCUGCACCAGUGGCAGCCAAGUCUCUGACCAUAGACUGUCUGGAGCUGACCUUACCCCCUGAGCUGGCCUUCCAGCUUAACGAGCUGUUUGGCCCUGUUGGUGUUGACUCAGGGUCUCUAACAGUUGAGGAUUGUGUGGUUCACAUAGACCUGAAUCUGGCUAAAGUGAUUCAUGAGAAGUGGAGAGAAUCUGUAAUGGAGCGACAGAGACAGGAGGAGGUUUCUCUCGGAAAGCGCAUGCAGGAUCCUUCCCUGGCUGGACAUACUGUUCUUGAUAAUUCUGAACAAAAAUCAUCCCAGAAAACAGGCAAAAGGUUAUUGAAGACUUUAGCAGCACCUGAGACCCUGGAUCACUGGAACACUCAAACGAAGAAAGUCUCACUCCGGGAAAUAAUGUCAGAGGAGAUUGCCUUACAGGAGAAACAUGACUUGAAAAGGGAGACACUUAUGUUUGAAAAAGACUGUGCCACAAAACUAAAGGAGAAGCAGCUCUUUAAAAUAUUUCCAGCUAUUAAUCAAAAUUUCCUGGCGGACAUUUUCAAAGAUCACAACUAUUCACUGGAAAACACCGUGCAGUUUCUAAACUGUGUCCUUGAAGGAGACCCUGUGAAGACAGUUAUAGCUCAAGAGUGUGCCCACCAAAAUGAGAGUAACACUUCUCAUUCUGCUCAGAAGUCAAAAGAGAAGAAGGCAAAGAAACCAAAAGAGGCUGAUGACACCGCAGGUGACCCAUCUUUCCAGGAUUUUGAGUACCCUGAGUAUGAUGACUAUAGGGCAGAAGCUUUCUUGCACCAGCAGAAGAGGAUGGAGUGCUACAGCAAGGCCAAGGAAGCCUAUCGCAUGGGCAAAAAGAAUGUGGCCACCUUUUAUGCUCAGCAGGGUAGUCUUCAUGAGCAGAAGAUGAGAGAAGCUAAUCACCUCGCUGCUGUGGAGAUCUUUGAGAAAGUCAAUGCCUCCCUGCUACCACAGAACGUCUUAGACCUCCACGGGCUGCAUGUGGAUGAAGCUAUAGAACACUUGACAGCAGUUCUACAGCAGAAAACGGAAGAAUUUAAGCAGAGUGGCGGUAAGCCCUAUCUUUCAGUGAUUACUGGGAGAGGAAACCACAGCCAGGGAGGAGUUGCUCGAAUCAAACCAGCUGUCAUUAAAUACCUCACAAGCCACAGCUUCAGGUUCUCUGAAAUUAAACCAGGGUGCUUGAAAGUCAUGCUGAAGUGAAACUUAAAGCCCUGGACUUAGAAGUGUGAGGUUUGUGGGCUGACGUUGGUUUUACUUGUAGUAAUUCAGUCAGUUCUAUUUUCAAAUGUAUUUAUUAGGAAUGUAAAACAAGAAAAAUGCUUUUCAGAAUUCAAGGAAAAUUUUUUUUUUACUUGAUCAAAUGCCAAUCUGUUACUUUUCAAAACAUUGAAAGGAAUUUUUAUUGAUUACAAAGUGUCUAAAAAAUGUAUCACCUGCAGUUUAAAGUUUUAAGUGCUAUAUCAUUGUUAGGAAAACAAACCAACCAACAAACACUGCCUUUGUGCUACGGUUCAUGUUUAGAAAAGUCCUAAAGGGGACUGAGUGUGAGGGCGGCACGCCUCAGCCUCUCCAGAGUUGCGUUAAAUAGUGAAGGAGAAAGGUGAGCAGCAAAACACAAGGUGGUUUUGUUUUUUGUUUUUUUUCUGGUUUCAAAGCUUAACACAAAAUCACUUGAUUUUGCUGUUCAUACAGACAGGGGGAUACGUGAUUGUAUUUUCCUCUGUAUCCUUUCCCUUCUGUACUGGUGUGUGUGUUUUUCCGGGAUGAACGUUGGGUGUGAAAGUAACUUGUAGUCUCAUAGGUACAAUAGGUAGCUUUCAGAGGAGAAGCGGUGCUUGGUGUCUCCUGUGUGUCCUGGACUCCCUGCAGUGGCAUGGAGGCUAAAUGGCUGUUUCAGACUCCAGACAUCAUUUCUAAGCUACAGGGAGUCAGUCCUACUGACUUAAGUGCAAAACCAUUUUUGGUACAACUGUAAAAGAAACCCUUGUAAUUAGAAAGACUUUUUUUACCUUUAUUUUGAAAAGAAGCCAACUUUCUGGAAGAAAAGUCUCAUCGACUUUUUUGAGCUAGUUCCCUGUUUGUGUGUAAAUUCUGGUUUCCUUUCUACAGACUUAGUGUGGCAAAGUGUAAUUUUUCUAGAACAACACAGUAGUUAAGUAAAUCUAACUUUGGACAUACAGAGUAUUUUCAACAUAUGCGCUGUUCACAAGCAAUUGUGUUGCAUUUAGACCUUCAUAAGGAAUGAGGCAGUGCCCUCCUCCGAAAGAUCUGACAGCGUGAGCUCCCAAAGAGCAUUUUAAUGGGAAUCAAAAGUAGAAUCAUGUUUUAGUCUUGUGAAUCAUGCUUUUAAAAAAGAGCCUUACCAUUCAAUUUUAUUUCCAUAAAAACAAAAAUCUAUGUUUGUUACCUAUAAAUAGUUAGUGAUUACUGAUGCUCAAGUAUUUAUAUUUUUAGACUUGUAAUAAUUUGUUUUAAAAAUUGCAGUAGUGUAGCAUACCAUUUUUGGUAAUGCUUGGAAGUGUUUUUUAUAUAUAUAUAUUACAAAUAAAGCAGUUCCCUUUUAUAACUUAGUACAAAAACCAUAAUCAGUAGUUAAUAAAGUAAGCAUAUUCCUGUGUUCAAGUUAAGAUGAUAGAAAAAUGAGACAAUUUAACACCUGGAAUUAUUGGAGUGUGUGCAGCUGCAUACUCAUUUUCUGUGUUUUAUAUUUUCUCAUGUUUUAAUAUUUGAAUAUUUGAAUAUUUCAGACAAUUUAUAUUAUUACUGUGAUUCUAAUUAAGAGAGCAGUGAGAAGUACUAGUGUGCGUAUAGCUGGAGGCGGUGGCUAGAAGCCUCCAGAAAGCAGCUCUUUUCACUGCUGCGCCCGGCCUGAUUUUCAGAAGUCCGAUAGCGGUUCUUUAUGAUGGAGUAAACCUAAUGCAGACCUCAAGAUUGCUAUGAAGACCCGUAGGCCUCAAACUCACAAUCCUUCUGCCUCGCCUUCCUAAACAUUGACACGAUAGAUAUGUUUUGCCAUGCUUGGCUUCAUAGUCUUUAAUCAUUAUCUAUAAAUAACAAAGUUUGAACAUUAUAUAUAUUUAUAGUCCCAAAUUCCCUUCCCUGCCCUCCUAUCUGGUAUCUUUGAAGCAGUUACAAUUAUAAAAGAUCAUUUUCUAAACUUUCAUUUGCUGACCUCUAAAUCUUGUGUCCCAACCAGAGGUAGAGGACUCUGGGGAUCAAAGAUUUUUCUUUUGCUCCCUUCUGAAUUUUGUAUGUCCCAGGUAAAGAUGGUUUAGAGAUGAUCCAGGUGAGAAGAGCUCUUUGUAAACCUAGUAUUUUAAAACAUUUUAAAAGUAUAGCAUUUUUCCCCAAAACUUGGAAGAUCUUAGUAGCAGUUAUAUACAUUUAAAAUCUGUUACUGGUGUCCACCCAGUGAGAUACAGAAUUGAUAGGAAUCACAUGACAGUCAGUGUGAGGGCCAGGCCCUCACAACCAUUUUCAGUCUCUUUCCUUAUCCUGUGAGACAAUUGGCUUAUGUUUUCUGACAUCUAUUAGCUGUUGAUACAUUGGUGUUAUUUUUGAGUUGAAGUUUUCUUCUGUUUAUGAGUAUUUCCAUACUACUUGUAUACUGUGACAUUUACGUAUCAUCCAUAUCAUAUAGUGGGAACUGUGACUGAAAUGACAGGUAUUAUAACAGAUUUUGAGAACAAACAGCUUCCAGUUCUUUGGGGGAUGUUUCCUGUCCUUUGUUUUGGUCUUCUUUAUAAAUUCAAGUGUUCUGUUCGCUUUAGAAGGAUGUGUGUAAGGGCAAGGUUAGUUAGUUUCAGCUGGCAAUUGGAAACUUUUGAAACUCAAAUUGCUCUGACAAUGUUUUAACUGCUCUCAAUUAAGAAAAUGUAAGAAAUGGACAAACUAACGUGUGCUGUUUUUUCUGAGUGCUUUUCUAUUGUGCAAUGAGGUGACACUGAUAAUGUUCUGUGCCGUGCUUAAGUGUUGCUUAUUUUUAAUACUUGUAAAGAAAACAGACAUAAAUGUCUGCGUGGCCAAAACCAAGUGCCAUUUAAAAGGAAAAGUAAGUUGAUGUAGAAUGUAUGUUAAUGGUGCUUAUUUUUAAAGUGUGAUUUAAGUUUACAGUAUUACUUGAUGCCUCUUUACAGAAGUGACUAGAGAAACGAGGCUAGAACACACCUGUGUCCUGAAGCCUUCGUAACCUCAGUUAGAUGAUGCCGGAGUUCAUUCACUGUCCUCACAUUUGAGCGCUUGACUUCCGUGGUCAGGUGAUGAACCUGCUUUGUUGAGUUACCCCUCUCCGCCUCAUUAAAGUGCCCCAUUGCAGCUAGCAGCUGAAGAAUAGACUGUAAGCUUUUCAGACGGUGUAUCAGAAACAAAAUGUUUUUAUGUGUACUAUAAAAAUGUGAUUUUUGCUGUCAACCUGUACUUUUUUUAUUGAAAAUGUUUAUAACUUUGCUUUUAAAAUUUCUUAUGAAACCAUUUACAAAUUACAUACUUAAUUUAAUAAAAUGCUUUCAUCACA